UCCGGCGGAAUGAUUUGUUUUUGAUAUAUAUCGCGCAGAUUUGUAGUGGGGAAAUGGAUCGUUUUCAUGCGCGUAACAGUGUGAUUUUGCUGGGGAUGAUGAAUUGUUUAGGAGUCGACCGCAGGAGCAGUGUGCGGGCGUCGGAUGCGCCGUUGCCGUGGUUACAGGUGCUGCUUGGUAACUGGGGACGGUCCCGGAGCGAAGCGCAAACACUCGGCGGCUGCAGCGCUGACUGACCGGCUGUGGGAUGCAGCCCGGGGGCGUGCGUGGAACCAAAUCUAUAUUGGAACAGAAUGGCAAAGAUGCAAUUUUUAAGUCAAUCUGACAGUGGACUACGUGUUCAACAAAAAGAGAGUAAUGAAGAUCCAAGGCAACUCCGGUCCUCUACAUGUCAAAACUGUGAUUGGCUCAAAACUUCAUUACCAUUUGUUUGUAAAGUGAUUCACCAUAUCCAUGAAUUGGAAGAAAAGACUGAAGCUUGGUUCAGACAGUUUACAGCAUCGAUACAGUCAGAAUCCCAAGGAAGAAGUCAAUCUUCUGAAAAGUUGAGUGGGAAUUCUCAAAGAAAUGAAUUCAAUCAAACAAGUUUUUCCAGUGAUGUGACAUCUACAAAUCUGUGCAUUAAGGGUAUUGGAUUUGAUGAAACAGAACAUGACCAAACCACAUCUUUACAUGAAGAGGCAAGAGUGGUCUUAUCAGAAAUCAUUGGCUUGAUGGAGCAACUGGAAGCAGAAUGCAAAAAGACAAAUGAGGCUCUAAAAAUAGAAAGAGAGCGGGUCACAACUCUUGGAAACAGAAUUGAUCAGCUGUCUCUUUGGUGGAUGCAAGAGCUUCCUGAAGCUGUACAAAAAGAGUAUGCGCUGCAUUCACAAGAGAUUUAUGAAUUAGAGUUCGAUGCUGAGUGUAAGGCAGCUAAUUUACAAAAGUUACAAAAUCAAGUUAGUGAUGCAAGAAUACUGAAUCAGAGACUACAAGAAGAAAUAAAUUUAGUAAAGAAACUUGAAGAUCACCUGAAGGAAAAACUGGAUUUGGAAACAAAGACCAUUGAUGAUAUUGUACCAAGUCAAAAUGAGUUGACAGAAGUCUUUAGCAAAGUUUAUUUGGAUCUUAAUAAAAUACAGCAGGAAUUUGAUGAUGCCACUGCUGAAGCACAGUCUGAAAAAACUGCGAUGCGUACAGAACUUCUCUCAAUAGAGAACAAAACUGCACAGCUCAAUAAGGACAUAAUCAGAGCCAAAACUGUAUUUGAAAUGUAUACUAAUCAGGAGCGAGAAACUCAGGAUCAUAUUGUAGAAGCAGAAAAAUCAUAUGAAAGACUUAUUAAUGAAUCUGUUGAUUUGGAAGUUCAGAAGAAUAUCAAGGAACACAAUGUAAAACAGUUGAAAGCUAAAGUUGCAGAUGAAUAUGCUGAGAUCAAUAUCCUAACAGAGUCUUGCACUGAAAUUGAACAAAGUAUUAGAGAUAAAAUGCGAAUUGGCAACUCUGAGUUAUCAAAUCAACAAAAAGAACUUGACAGAAAACUGGAUGAGCUUACGAAUUUGGAGAACAAAAACAAAGAACUCGAAUUGGAUAUUGAAACAUUUAAUAGCAACAUUAAAGAAAGUCGCCAGGAAAGAAAUAAAAUGAAAAAAGAAAUGCAGCAAAUACAAGAAGCUCUAAAAAUUAAAAAUGACAAACUAGCCAGCAUGAAGAAACAGCUCUCACCAAGUGGAGAGAAACUCUAA